AUGGCUGGGAAGGCUGGAAGAGGCGAGCAGCUGCCGAAGGAGCAGAACCCCUCAAGACUCAGAAAUGAAGUACGCCCAGAAUCAACUGACGAUGAGCGGGAUCGCAGGAGCACCGCCAUUCAGGUUCCAAACAGCGAUACGAUUGUUCCCGAAACUCAGCCUGGCCACGCUGGAGAUUUCCAUUGUGGCGACCCUGUUGCCGACAAUGAGUCCGAGUUCAGUCUAAGUCCAAACUCCGUGGCCCUUCUGGAGCGCACUGCGGUGACGAAGAAGACGGAGACGACUCAAUGCAUUCCAUUCUUUGGCAAGCUUCUUUCGAGGAAUCCUAUUGGAAGGAAUGACAGCUCUGCAUCAGCAGCUCCAAGCCCUAACCCAUUCGCGAUCUCAUACUCACAGGCAAGGAAAGUUUCCAGCAAGCCACCUCCGAAGGAGGUUGCUACUGCCGCGCAGUCUAUUCAUCUCGGGUUGAGAACACUUGAUAUCCAAAAGCACAAAGGUCAUGCAUCUCGAGAGCCUGCACACGUUCCACCACCGUGUCUUCCCGACAGCGCUCAUCUUGGUGAGCCAUGUACUAUGAGCAACCAAAAUAUGGACGUCGUGGAUCAAACGGCCACUAGAAGAUCUCAGGAAGAGCCUACUUACACCCUGCCCCCGCAGGCGGAUGCGAUGUCUAGCAUCCCUCCUUCAGCACAGCUUAACGCCAGGCCUGCUUCUGGAAUGAAUAGGGUCCCCGGUGUCAAGAAGGGUAGGAAGCAUAGAAAGGAACAGCUCUCUCAGCAGCGUCUAGGCUCACGUCCCCGACCAAGAAUCACACCAAGCCACGCUCGUCAAGCCGGAACGAUUGGUGGAUCAGCACCUGAUACCUCCACCGACCCUCUAUGUCUCUCCCAAAUGAACGCGGAUGGCGAUGGAGUACAUGCUUUCCGCGCUCCUGUCGACGAUCCACAAAGGCAUGCAUAUGCUCAAGAGUCCCAGUUACCGAAUGAAGAACAUGGGUGUAUUGCUGACGACAAGGAGCCCUGCAAUACUAUACCAAGCCUCAUGGAUACGACCUUCCGAGACUUUCAAGAUUCCUCUACUCAACGUCAGUUCCCUACAGCUUCCGUGCAGGGUCCCUCGACCUCGCCUGAGACACUUAAUACAACCGAGCCAAAGCAACAACCGUUGACAACUUUUCACGAUCAAGCUCGCAGUAUCGGCCCUGAUAAACGGGUUGCGUUCUCAGCCCAGACUUCUGGUCCCUAUGCCUUGCCUAACAGUCACGAGCCAGUCGAAGCACCCGCUGUACCGACUCAGUCUCACCAGCCGAGCUUGUACGCAGACAACAAUCGGGUCGCACCUCAGCCAAGGAUUAACGAAGCUCAUCCGCAUGGCAUCCCGAAUCGAGACGGGCCUCUCCGUAUGACCAAAUCACGACGGAAGUUACGACCUAGCGGACCAACAUCGUAUGAUACCCAAGGAAAAGCCAUUUCUCCUAGUGUCGAGCACGCCAUGGAGACCGUGAGAGUAGCGAUACUUGCGAACAAGUAUCGGAUACAGCAUGAGAUCACGACGCUCACCCAGAAACAUAAGGCUGAGCUUGCUGAGCUUCAAUGCACGAUCAACAAUCAGAUUCAGUCGAUUGCAGAUCAUGACAGGAGGUAUCAGGACCUGAGAAAAACUCUUAGUCAACUCACCAACACGGCCAAGACAAAUCAAAGAUUCGUCACGGGCCUUCAGCAGGACUCUGAGAAUCUGCAAAAGUCCGCUACAAGCUUCCAUAAAGAGUGCGGAAAGACAUUGACUAAGAAGAUCACCGAACUCGAGGACGAAAAGCGGUCAUUACAGGAAGAAGUUGGGACAAUGACUGACAAGCUCGCCGCAACCCAACGCAAGAUGAGAUCGACGCUCGAUGACCUUUGGAUACGAUUUGUCGUAUCGGAGUCUAAGAGGGAGGAUCUGACAGAAAAUUUGGCCAAGCAGGAAGCUGCACUAGAGGAAGAGCGCAAGAAGCGCAAUGAAUUCGGGAAGCAGCUUUUUUCUGAUGUCCAAAGCAUUCCGCGUCAAGUUGUCGACAGCUCCGUUGCUCUCACUAAAAAGAUCGAAUUGCUCCAGGUCACGCUUGAUAACGCUACUGCUCACAGUAGCCAGAAUGACCAAAUCAAAGAGUGUUUAGAGGCCUUGCAACCCCUUCGGCUGACACCUGUCAUGACAAUGCAAGACAUUGAGAGGAUGAGUAAUACACCGAAUCUUGUGCACGAACGCCUGGAUUUAGGUCUCGAUACUCUUUCAAAGACCGUAACGAGCAAAGCACUACCUGACGCAGAGCUUCAAGAAUUCGUUAAAGAACAAAAAAACAGUCUCCAGACAGAAAUGCUGAGAUAUGAGGAGGUCACAGCCGAGAACUGCAAGACGCAUGAAUCGAACGUCUGUCUCAAGUCGCGACUCGAUGCGCAGCAACAACAUUGCACCCGACUAGAAGAGCAGAUCAAAGGUUACGAAAAGGUUGAAGUCGAUCUCAAAGCCUCGUGCGAGCAACUAGAACGCGACCUGGGGGUACUGAAAGACGUUCCACCUAUCGAUACAUCAGGGCUUGAGCAGGAAGCUCUUGAUCUCCGUCAAAAGUUGCAGAAGGCGAGAGAAGAUCUCACAGCGGUCAAUACCAAGGUUAAGGAGAUUGAGAAAGAAAGGGAUACAUACGAAGUAACCGUUUCCAAGCUCAUCCUUGUUGCCAUGGUUUUGACAAUCAGCAGGGCUAUUCUCGAAGAACACGCUGCCGUUCGAGAGCAGAUAGCAAAGGACUGUCAAAGUGAAUUCUCGGAGAAAGAGCGCAGCUUCAAGAGAGAGAUCCAUCGACUUACGAUCGAUCACGACGAGAAAGAGAAAACAAUUCAAGAGCUGAACGACAAGCUGAAUGCUGCAGAUACCCAACUAGAUGAGCUGAGUAAAAACAUUCAAACGCUCGAGUCAAAGUCGGCCGAAAUAACGGACCUCCAAGCACAGCUCCAAAAUACGACAGAAGAGUUGCACAGCAAGAAACGAGACUGCGCAGAUUUGACCCGUCGCUCUCAAGAGAAGACGGAGAAGAUGUCGGAGUUGCAAGGCCUAUAUAGCAACCUCCAGGCUGAAGUAACCCAGCAUCAAACGACCAUGCAAACCAUGCGCCGGGACGCUGACAACGAGAUCACAAAGAUGCGACAAGACGCUAGUAACACGUUUCAACUAUCUUCUAAUCAGGUCUCGAACCUCCAGGAGGAAAAGAAAAGUCUGUCAACUCGACUUGAGCAAGCUCAGAUGAAUGAAGCAAAACUACAACAUGAGGUCGCAGAACUACGAGCUGCAAAAGAAGCAGACAUUUCUCGAUUACAAGCGAAAGUAGAUGAGAAGAGUCAGAAGCUAGUCGAACAGCAUCGCAUCGAAGUCGAUGAUUGGAGGCGCCGCAUGAGCCAGAAAGAUGCUGCCCUUGAGGAAAUGGAAGCGAAAAUGCGGCUCGCUGAAGACCAACAUAAAACCAAAAUCGCGACCGAUCUUGAAAAGGCUGAGUCAAACAUGCGCAAGCUUGAAGAGCAGUAUCGAGAUUCUCUUCGAGUGAUACGCGAGCAAGGUAAUCUCAAUCAGCAGGUCGGCUCCCAAGUACAUGCUGCCAGAGGAAUCCUUGUAGAAUCAGGUGAAACCACCCAGGCAGUGAAGGCUCGGAAUAAAGUCAGCCGGCAAAACCAUUCGAUGCUCGAAGUCUCCGAGGAACAAGAUUCUCAUUCCAAGAAGCCGUUGUCAGUCUUCCACCCCAUGUCUUCACAAUCUCAGCUCGAAGACGAUGAUCUUUUUGCAACCCAGUUCAAAGAACAGGGCGGGAUCGACGAAAUUUCCAACGAAUCAAUCGAUGUUCAUCAUGAGCCUCGAACUGCCACAGAAAGUCAUGAUGCUCAAAAUUUGUCCAUGACCCAGGAUGCUUCCAAGGGAGAUCUGUUACGAGCGCCACAGCAACAGCUCAAGCAUCAGGUCUCAAGCUCCUCCGAUCUCAGUAACAUGUCUACUGACGAAUUAACGGCGAUGGAGAAGUCCCAACCCGUGUCGACUGGUAUGCUUGCAGGCCGCGACCGUGAUGGGUUCAACUCUGGCAACGCAUCUCCUGAAUUCUCCCAGACGCUGGAAGAGACUCAAUGCGUACCGUCUAUCGUGUCUCGGAAUUAUAAUCGUGAUCCUUUUCAUCGUGGUACAGCCUUGGCCGAUGUAGGAGUCGCGUUGGUAGCCGACAACGAGUCUGUGGCUGAUUCACAAUCAUUUCGAUCGUCUGGACGACCAAAAUCGCAAGCUAACACAGCAUCUCGGAUGAUGCCGCCUCACAGUAACAACUCUGAUUACCCUCGACCGAGUGUUGAGGAUUAUGCGGUGGACCUUGGAGCAUCAACUCGGCAUACCAUGUAUGGCAGUGCUAAUCUGAAGCUGAGCAGCAGCAACUCCCGGCCGUCCAAGCUGUCUUCAUCAAAGCAAAUCUAUAGCCAGUGUGAAUCGCGACGCUCCGCUCCGACUGGACUUCAACACAGUUCCUCGCAAAACAUGAAGCAGGAACAUACGAAGAAGCGAAAGAGUAGCAUUGACCAGACAGAGAGAGAUUCAGCCACCAAAAAGCAGCGCUCCAAAUCUCAACCCCGUCCCUUAGACUCCUCACCUGGUCUUCUAAGCCAAUCUUCAUUUGUUGCAGUUACUCGUCCCAAAGCACAGAAUAUCAUGCCAUAUUCCCAAGGCGGUGCUGCAACUUCAUCUCAAUCGAAAGCUCAGGUCCCCUCCUCCCGCCCCCGCGCUCGUAUCUCUCGUCAAGCUCCGUCUUCUGGUGACGCAUACUUCCCUCGUAGUCAAUCUUCGUCCCACGUAGCCGCUAGUGGCCCGAUCCGGCGUUCCUCGACCCGUCUCACAAGGGGCAAGGGUAAGAACAGCAUCGCGUUCGGGAACGCCUGCAACGAGCGCUUUAACCAGGAGCUGGACCAGCCGCGGUGA